GUAUACAGUAUCAUCGGUAACAAUUGUGUACAAUCCACCUAGCUAAUAAAAUACUGGGGCUGGCAGUCAUUAGUUACAUUUCAACCAUAGCGAUUCCCUAAUUGAGGCGCAACAGAGUUCACCGGCGAAUGCAGGUACACCGGAAAUAAUAACUAAACCAACGAACGAGGAAUGGUGGAGGCUACCAGAACGAAGAGACAUUUUUCCGAAUAAACGUGGCAGAGCAGGCAACAGAUGGCACACAGACAGCAGAGUUGGGGACAGAUAUGCAGGGACAGACUGGCAGAGACAGGGAGUCUCAGGAGAUCUUGGGACGUGGGAAAAGAUGUCCCUGUCAUCCAGAAUGAACAGACAUCCCAAAAACUUCUGCAAUGGCUUUUCUUCUUUAUUGUUGCCCUUCUUGUAUUUGCUCUUGGCAUAUUUAGUAAGGGAUCCUUUCUGCUCCUGAUAACACUGUCAAGUAACGCCACCAAUACAGUCCCAGCUGACCAAAAGCCAUGCGCCCUCCUCAGUGUCAGCUGUGCUGUGAUUGGACCAAGUGUCUUGCUCCUCAUUAAAAGCCUGUGGAAAAUAUUCUUCAAAGACUCAGAGAAACCAUCAAUGAAGACGAUUGUGUGGGUGCUGUGUGUCGAAUUCCUGGUGUCGCUGGGGACAGCGGUUCUCACCAUUGUUGCCAUGCCAUUCUUCGGCAUCGUGACCAAUGUGAUGAUGCUGAACAGCAUCAGCAUCCUGUCCUCCAUCUUCCAGGUGGCCGCUCAGUGCAUUGCGAGGGAGACGAAGCAAUUCAUAGUGCCCCCCAAUCAUCUCAUUAGUCCUCAUACUGUCAGGCUACGUGCUCUUCAUCCUCAGUUACCUGCUGUUGAAGGAAGAUAG